UAGAACUCACCAACAAGAUGAUUGAGCUGCUGACUGGAGAGGUGACACUGCUGGGAAUGCUGGGACAUUACACAGGAACACUAUGAAGGGAUCUGAGUAAUGACUGUAUCAUUGUGUUGUCAGGUUCCUAUAAGGUGUCAGGAUGUCACUGUCUAUUUCUCCGUGGAGGAGUGGGAGUAUUUAGAAGGACACAAAGAUCUGUAUAAGGACGUCAUGAUGGAGGAUCACCAGCUGCUUACAUCACCAGUUAAAGAAGAGAGAACAACACCGGAGAGAUGUCCCAGUCCUCUUCUUCCACAGGAUGGUUCAGGAGAACAUCACAAUGUCCCACAGGAUAAUCAGGUUCAGAAUCUAGGUGAAGAUCUGAACAUUAUAUAUGUUACAGAGACACAUGUGAGGGGUGAUGUGCAGAGUAUAGAGGACAUCCCUACAGAUAACUGCCCAGAGCACUAUAUCAGGAGCUCAAAGGGACUUCCGAUACCUAAAGAUUUAAAAGCAAAUGAUCAUGCUCUGGUACAAGAUGCUUUUGAAGUAUAUGUCAUUAUCCCAGAUAAACCUUCAGCCUUGCAAAGCAACAGUCAAUCAUCUGAUCUUUUUCAACGAGUCCUACCUUUUGUUUCAUCACAGACUGUUAAGCAAAACAAAGGACACAGAAGAGGUGAACAUCCCACAACUCCCACAGGGGAGAAGCCAUUUUCAUGCUCAGAAUGUGGGAAAUGUUAUAGGAUGAAAUCAAGUCUUAUGAUACACCAAAGAGCUCACACAGGAGAGAAGCCAUUUUCAUGUUUAGAAUGCGGGAAACAGUUUACCAAAAAAUCUAUUCUUAUUACACAUAAGAGAAUUCACACAGGGGAGAAACCAUUUUCAUGCUCAGAAUGUGGGAAACGGUUUACCAAGAAUUCAAGUCUUAUUACACAUAAGAGAAUUCACACAGGGGAAAAACCAUUUUCAUGUUUAGAAUGUGAAAAAAGUUUUAUCCAGAAAUCCGAUCUUGUUAAACAUGAGAGAAUUCACACAGGGGAGAAGCCAUUUUCAUGUUCCGAAUGUGGGAAAUGUUUUAGAGAUAAAUCAAGUUUUAUUUCACAUGAGAAAACCCACACCGGGAUGAAGUCAUUUUCAUGUUCAGAAUGCGGGAAAUGGUUUAGCAAAAAAACAAGCGUUAUUGAACAUGAGAGAAUCCACACAGGGGAGAAGCCGUUUUCAUGUUCAGAAUGCGGGAAAUGGUUUAGCAAAAAAACAAACCUUAUUGAACAUGAGAGAAUCCACACAGGGGAGAAACCAUUUUCAUGCUUAGAAUGUGGGAAACAGUUUACCAAGAAAUCAAGUCUUGUUACACAUAAGAGAAUUCACACAGGGGAAAAACCAUUUUCAUGUUUAGAAUGUGAGAAAUGUUUUGUCCAGAAAUCAGAUCUUAUUAAACAUCAGAGAGGUCACACGGGGGAGAAGCCAUUUUCAUGUUCAGAAUGUGGGAAAUGUUUUAGCAAUAAAUCAAGUUUUAAUUCACAUAAGAAAAUUCACACAGGGGAGAAGUCAUUUUCAUGUUCAGAAUGCGGGAAAUGUUUCAGAAACAAAUCAAAACUUAUUAUACAUGAUAGAGUUCACACGGGGGAUAAACCAUAUUCGUGUUCAGAAUGUGGAAAAUGUUAUAUUCAGAAAUCACAUCUUGUUAAACAUCAGAGAGCUCAUACAGGAGAGAAGCCAUUUUCAUGUUUAGAAUGCGGGAAACGGUUUACCAACAAAUCAAAUCUUAUUACACAUAAGAGAAUUCACACAGGGGAGAAGCCAUUUUCAUGCUCAGAAUGUGGGAAAUGUUAUAGGAUGAAAUCAAGUCUUAUGAUACACCAAAGAGCUCAUACAGGAGAGAAGCCAUUUUCAUGUUCAGAAUGCGGGAACCGGUUUACCAAAAAAUCAAAUCUUAUUACACAUAAGAGAAUUCAUACAGGGGAAAAACCAUUUUCAUGUUUAGAAUGUGAAAAAUGUUUUAUCCAGAAAUCAGAUCUUGUUAAACAUGAGAGAAUUCACACUGGGGAAAAACCAUUUUCAUGUUCCGAAUGUGGGAAAUGUUUUAUCCAGAAAUCAGAUCUUGUUAAACAUCAGAGAGGUCACACAGGAGAGAAACCAUAUUCAUGUUCAGAAUGUGGAAAAUGUUUUAGCAACAAAUCAAGUCUUAUUACACAUUAUAGAGGUCACACAGGAGAGAAACCAUAUUCAUGUUCAGAAUGUGGGAAAUGUUUUAGCAACAAAUCAAGUCUUAUUACACAUUAUAGAAAUCACACAGGGGAGAAGCUGUUUUCAUGUUCAUAAUGUGAUAAAUGUUUUAUCCAGAAAUUAGAUCUUGUUAAACAUCAGAGAGGUCACACGGGGAGAACCAUUUUCAUGUGUAGAAUGUGGGAAAUGUUUUAGCGAUAAAUCAAGUUUUAUUUCACAUAAGAAAAUUCACACAGGGGAGAAGUUAUUUUCAUGUUCAGAAUGCGGUAAAUGGUUUAGGGAAAAAUCAAGUCUUAUUAUACAUGAUAGAAUUCACACAGAGGAGAAACCAUAUUCUUGUUCAGAAUGUGGAAAAUGUGUUA